AUGUCUCGCCGUCGAACAUCAUACAGCGAGCCGAUGAACGAGGCGUUCGCAUACCCGUUCGCGCAGUCCAACGGCCACCCGCAAGCCCCGCCUCCCCCUCCACGUCGCGGGCCGAUCGAAGGCCCCAAUGGCCGUCGCUUGAUCCGCCGCGUCACCUGGCGCUCGUCGACCUACAAAUUGAUGGCGUCGCUGUGGGUGCUGGGCGUCUUGUACAUCCUCUGGCUGAUCCGUGACCUGUUCUACUUGCCUUCUACCCCGUCCGAGUCCAGUCCGCCGGCCGAUGAGUGA